AGACAUGGAAACCAGAAAUAAGCCCCAGCUCCUUGUGCUGCUGGCACUUUUCUGUGUGCUCUUCUCCCAGACACGGGCAAAUCCUCUCCUCGCAAUGCCUCCUUCUCUGAGGUUGGGGGAUGGAAUAACAUUUCAAGAAGCAAAUGAACCUGAUCAAGUUUCAUUAAGAACAGAUGCUGACAUCGUGCAAACUAUGUUAGCUGAAAACGACACACCCUAUUAUGAUGUAUCCAGAAAUGCCAGACAUGCUGAUGGAGUUUUCACCAGUGACUAUAGCAGACUCCUGGGUCAAAUUUCUGCCAAAAAGUAUCUGGAGUCUCUUAUUGGAAAACGAGUUAGCAGUAACAUCUCAGAAGACCCUGUCCUAAUGAAACGUCACUCAGAUGCAAUCUUCACUGAUAACUAUACUCGUCUUAGAAAAAAAAUAGCUGCAAUGAAAUACUUGAACUCAAUUCUGAAUGGAAAGAGGAGGUAA